CUGGCCCGGGAUUAACUGGCAACUCUGCAUUUGACAGCUGAGACGGUGCCAUUUUGAACUCUUUUUAACCUGUGGUUAGUUUAGCGAGACGUGUGUGCUUUUUCAAGAGAAUUUUCUCAAUAAAUGAGUGUGGAAAAUGGCAGAUUCCGAGGUAUUAAAGAAAUUAAAGGAUAUACCAUUCAAAAUCCAAACCGCAAGUUUGAAAGGAAGACGUGAGGUUGUAGAAGAAAUUCGAAAUGUACUAUCUACACCGGGUAUAACAGAGCCAGCAGUGCGGUUUGUGUGCCGCCUGCUGGUGCUCACUCUACACCGGUAUCGGGACUCCACCUCCCAGUCAUAUGUGAAGAGCCUGGUUGCCUACCUCGCCACCACUCACAGAGAAUGGACUCUGAAGGGCCUGCUACCAGUCCUGCUUGAAAUAUCAGAACAACUUAAGAACACAGCUUCGUCGAAAAGCACAUGCCAGAGUGGACUGUAUGCUCUGCGUUGGUCCACAGUACUAAUAGAUGGCACACUUAAGACUACAGAAGAAAAUGGAGUGGAUUACAAUGCACUUGUGCUGUCUCAAGCAAAUCUGCUUGCUGCCAUCAUUGCAUAUGGGGACCACAGGAAGAGUGAUAAGGCUUAUUCUAUGCUACAUACAUCAUGGGUAUCAAUUGGCAAAGAGAAAUUAUCCAAAUGGCUAGAAGUGCUACUUGCAAUCCCACCCGACUCAGGACCACAUAUUUGUGUCACCUUCUCCAACUUGUGCCGACAUCUACAGCAAGUUGGGGAUGGUGCUACUAUUGAACAACACAAGACAAAAAUGCUAGAAAGUUUCACCAAGAGCGUGAUCAGCGUGAAAUGUCGUCCGAACGCGAACUACAUCAAGGGCUGCCAUGACCUGUUGCGUCAGCUGAGUCCUGGCGACGUGCGCGAUGCGUUGUUGCCAGCUCUCCACAAAGCCAUGCUGCGCAGUCCCGAGACCAUCGUGCAGGCUGUGGGGGAGGUAUUCGCUAAUCUAAACGUGGACUUGGAUGGACUAGCUGUUGAUAUCGGGAAAAGUCUGAUUGUUAACUUACAUUCGAAAGACGAGUGGGUCCGAGGCGAGGCACUAUGCGCGCUGGAGCGGCUGGCCGCGCGAUGCUCGCAGGUGUCGGCUGCGCGAGCCCUGCUGACACAUGCCUUCGCCGAAUACAACGGUGCUAGCGGGAAACUUACUUCCAGUGAAGACAAGAUCUCAGUGUUGAUGGGCGUGAGCUCGCUCCGCGCACUGCCGGUGUCGGGCGCAGACCGCGCGGCGCUGUUCGGCGAGGUGGUGACGCAAAUAUCUCGCGCGCUGGACAGCGAGUCGCACGAGCGCACGCUGUGCGUGGCGCUGGACGCGCUGCAGCGCUGGUCGCACGACCUCGGCGCCGCGCUGCCCGACAAGAUACUCGACAUAUUCAAGAAAAAUCUGUCAGCCAAGAGCACGACGCAGGCAGUGCGCACGGCGUACGUCAGCAUGGUGGCGGCGUGUGUCCGCAACUGCGGCGCCACGCCCGCGCAGGCCGCCGCCCUGCAGCCAGUGCUCAUCAAGGCCGUGGAGAAGGCUGCACAACAGCCACUGCAGCACCUGGUGGUGAGCGAGGGUAUCUGCGCGAUGCUGGGGCUGGCGCUGCUGGACGCGGCGCGGGAGCUGCCGGGCAAGGCGGGCAUCUGGACGCCGCUCACGCACGCAGACAAGCACGUGCUGCUGCACGACCGCGUGCUCGCCGCCGCCACUGACGAUGUCCUAAUACAGGUGGUGAUGCUAUGCAGAACAGUGUUGGAAAACUACCAAAGUGUUGCCAGCGAGCAGAACUCGCCGGUUUACAGAGCAUUCGUACUAGUCCUACUGUCGCCCGCCAAGGCGGUCCGCACUGCCGCUAUAGAGGAGGUUAAGGCCAUGCUUGCCAAGGAAGACAGAGUCUUAUUGGCCAAGAAUUUAGCUUUGAAGUUGAAUGAAGUGCUGGAGGAAGGAAAGCUGCUGGGCGGCAAGGAGAAAACGCCCACCGAUGAGAAGGCUGGCGGAGAACUUACCGGCAAGAUGAUUUUGGAUUGUGUUCACGCUCUCUGCUCAUAUAGAGACUACCCCGAGCGCGAGUCGCAGGAGCUUGUCAUCGCGAUCCUACCGGCGUGUCACCACCCGCUAGCGGCCGCCGUGUGCCCCGCCGCGUGGCGCAAGCUGGCGCGAUACCUGCGCCACGACGCCAGGCAGCUGGUCGCGCUGCACUCGAACAACCUCAAGAACCAGUAUAUCGCCGGGUACACGCCUAAUGAGACGCUAUCGAACGUGGUGUCGACGCUGGUGGGCACGGCGCCGGAGGUGGUGGCGGGCAGCGCGGUGCAGCUGGCGCUGGACGCGCUGCAGGACGCCAGCCUGCUGCGCGUCACCAGGGACGAGUACUUCACGUACCUCACGCCCGAGGGAGAGCUCUAUGACAAGAGCAGCGUGCCUGGUAAUGAAGACAGUAAGGAGAUGAAUCUGAAGCGUGAGAGCAAGGCGUACAGCUACAAGGAACAGCUAGAGGAGUUGCAGCUUCGCCGAGAGCUGGAAGAGAAGAACAAACGAGAAGGGAAGGUUAAAGAGGUGCCCCUCUCAGCCAAGCAGAAGGAAGCUAUCAAGGCUCAAAUGGCAAAGGAGAAUGCUAUUCGACAAAGACUGAGCGCACUAAACUUGCGAGUAGUGAUAGCAGUGCGGCUACUGGAGGCAGUACAGAAGGGCUCGGCGACGGCGCUGUGCCGCGGCGCGCGGCGCAUCGUGCCGGCCGUGCUGGGAGCCCUGCGCAGUCCCCUGGCGGCGCCCCGCCUGGCUGACGCCUACGGACGGCUGCGGUUCGCGCUGCUGCCCAACCACUUGGCUUUGGGAGAUAUUCUAGCCAGGCUCACUUUGCGGCUGCACAAGCCGCAGUGUGACCUGGAGCCGAGCUGGUCGGACGCGGAGCUGGGCGCGGCCACCGCCCGCACCAUCAACCUCAUGCACGCGCUCACCACCGCCAAGCCGGUGGCUGAGGAUGAGGAGGAACCCGCUCAUAAGCCCAACCACUUCACUGCUCCCGGAUUCUGCUAUGCCUUCCCGCUGUUGAAGCUUGGUCUGUCGGGUCCGGCGCUGCGCGGCGACGAGCAGACGAUGCUGAACGGGCUGGCGGUGAUCUCGCAGCACGCGGCGCUGCGCCUCGACGCCGACAUGAUGCAUCCCGCGCUCUUCCCCAUCGACCACAUGUUCCGACUGCUCAUUGACCUCAUCAGCAGCACGAGCGGUCGCGUGCUGUCGGCGUGCACGGUGGCGCUGCUGGACACCGCGCACUGCGCCGCGCGGGCCACGCUGUCGCUCGACGACGUCACCUGUCUGCUGGCCGGACUGCAGAACCCGCUAGAGGUAGUGCGUGACGCAGCACUGCGCGCUCUGCUCUGUGUAGUGGAAUGCUUACCGCCGCUACUAGAGGACCCGGAGUAUGCUCUCACACUCACGAAGAGAUUGCUCAUCGCCACUUUCGAUAUCUCUGAGGACAACAAGAAGUUAGCAGAAGAGCUGUGGAAUCAGCUACCCUUAGCCCAGCAGUGGAGCCGUGAGCCCGAGCUGGUGGAACUGCUGCUAGAAGAGGCACAGCAUCCCUCGGAGCCCGUGCAGCGCGCCGCGGCCGCCGCGCUGGCGCACCUGGUGGAGCGCAGCGCCGACCCUAACGCGGCCGAGCAUGUGCUGCAGAGGUUACAGGAUAUAUACACGGAGAAAUUGCCGAUGAUCCCGGCGCGGCUGGACCAGUUCGGGCACGAGGUGGAGGCGGCGGUGGACGCGUGGGGCGCGCGGCGGGGCUGCGCCCUCGCGCUGCGGGCGCUGGCGCCGCGCCUGCCGCCCGGCGCCGUGCCGCCCGCCAUGAGCUUCCUGGUGCAGCGCGCGCUGCCCGACCGCCACGACACCGUGCGCGCGGAGAUGCUCAACGCCGCCAUGGCCAUCGUCGAGAUACACGGCAAGGAAACCCUGAGCAGCCAGCUGCCGGUGUUCGAGAACUUCCUGGACAAGGCGCCGAAGUCGGGCGGCUACGACGGCACGCGGCAGUGCGUGGUGCUGCUGGUGGGGUCGCUGGCGCGGCACCUGGCGCCCGGCGACGCGCGCAUCAAGCCCAUCACGCUGCGCCUCGUCGCCGCGCUCUCCACGCCCAGCCAGCAGGUGCAAGAAGCAGUGAGCAACUGCCUCCCCCACUUGGUUAGUUCUCCAGCCCUGGAAGACGAGAUCCCCACCAUCAUGAACAAACUCAUGAAACAACUGCUCACCGCCGAGAAAUAUGGAGACAGGAAAGGUGCAGCAUACGGUAUAGCCGGUAUCAUCAAGGGUCUCGGCAUCUUGUCGCUGAAGCAGCUCGACGUCAUGGGCAAACUCACUGAGGCUAUACAGGAGAAGAAGAAUUUCAAGUACCGAGAAGGUGCCCUAUUCGGUUUCGAGAUGUUAUGCUACAAGCUGGGCCGUCUAUUCGAGCCGUACAUCGUGCACGUGCUGCCGCACCUGCUGCUGUGCUUCGGCGACACGUCGCAGUACGUGCGGGCGGCGGCCGACGACACCGCCAAGCUCAUCAUGAGCAAGCUCAGCGCGCACGGCGUCAAGCUCGUGCUGCCCUCGCUGCUGCAGGCGCUGCAGGACGACAACUGGCGGACCAAGGCCGGGUCUAUCGAACUGCUCGGUGCGAUGGCAUACUGCGCGCCGAAGCAGCUGUCGUCGUGCCUGCCGUCCAUCGUGCCCAAGCUCAUCGAGGUGCUCAGCGACUCCCACAUGCGCGUACAGGAGGCCGGCGCCGAGGCGCUCGGAGUCAUCGGGUCUGUCAUCAGGAACCCUGAAAUUCAAGCGAUCGUGCCGGUGCUGCUGGAGGCGCUGCAGGACCCAUCCAACAAGACGUCGGCGUGCCUGCAGACGCUGCUGGACACCAAGUUCGUGCACUUCAUCGACGCGCCGUCGCUGGCGCUCAUCAUGCCCGUGGUGCAGCGAGCCUUCCUCGACCGCAGCACCGAGACGCGCAAGAUGGCGGCGCAGAUCAUCGGCAACAUGUACUCGCUCACCGACCAGAAGGACCUCAUGCCCUACCUGCCCAACAUCAUCCCCGGACUCAAGAGCUCGCUGCUGGAUCCUGUACCAGAGGUACGUUCGGUAUCGGCGCGAGCCCUGGGCGCGAUGGUGAAGGGCAUGGGCGAGAGCAGCUUCGAGGAGCUGCUGCCGUGGCUGAUGCACACGCUGACCAGCGAGUCCAGCUCCGUGGACCGCUCGGGCGCCGCGCAGGGCCUCUCCGAGGUCGUCGCCGGCCUUGGCGUGCACAAGCUGCAUAAGAUUAUGCCUGAUAUAAUCGCGACGGCGGAGCGCACGGACAUCGCGCCGCACGUGAAGGACGGCUACAUCAUGAUGUUCAUCUACAUGCCCGGCGCCUUCACCGACGACUUCCUGCCCUACAUCGGGCAGAUCAUCAACCCCAUCCUCAAGGCUCUCGCCGACGAGAACGAGUACGUGCGGGAGACCGCGCUCAAGGCCGGCCAGAGGAUCGUCAACCUGUACGCCGAGUCCGCCAUCACGCUGCUGCUGCCCGAGCUGGAGAAGGGCCUGUUCGACGACAACUGGCGCAUCAGAUACAGUUCAGUACAGUUGCUGGGAGACUUGUUGUACAGAAUAUCUGGAGUUUCCGGCAAAAUGAGUACAGAAACCGCUUCCGAGGACGAUAACUUCGGCACGGAGCACUCUCACAAGGCUAUCAUCAAUGCUCUCGGCCCUGAGAGGAGGAACCGAGUGCUCGCUGGGCUGUACAUGGGCAGGAGCGACGUGGCGCUGAUGGUGCGGCAGGCGGCGCUGCACGUGUGGAAGGUGGUGGUCACCAACACGCCCAAGACCCUCCGCGAGAUCCUGCCCACGCUGUUCGGUCUACUGCUGGGCUGCCUCGCCUCUACUAGCUAUGAUAAGCGUCAGGUUGCUGCCAGGACUCUGGGAGAUCUUGUGCGGAAGCUGGGCGAGCGCGUGCUGCCGGAGAUCGUGCCCAUCCUGGAGCGCGGGCUGCGCUCGGAGCGCGCGGACCAGCGCCAGGGCGUCUGCAUCGGCCUCGGCGAGAUCCUCGCCUCCACCUCGCGCGACGCCGUGCUCAGCUUCGCCGACGGACUCGUACCGACAGUCCGCACGGCGCUGUGUGAUCCACUGCCGGAGGUGCGGCUGGCGGCGGCGCGGACCUUCGACAGUCUGCACGCCACCAUCGGCAACAAGGCGCUCGACGACAUCCUGCCGCAGAUGCUGGACGGCCUCAAGGACCCCGACCCCGCCAUCGCCGACGCCACGCUCGACGGACUCAAACAGAUAAUGGCGAUAAAGUCCCGCUGCGUGCUGCCGUACCUGGUGCCGGUGCUGACGAGCGGCGGCGGCGCGGACACGCGCGCGCUGUCGGCGCUGGCGGCGGCGGCGGGCGGCGCGCUGGCGCGGCACCUGCCCCGCGUGCUGCCCGCGCUGCUCAACGCGCUGGUGGCGGCGCGCGGGCUGCCCGGCGCGGCCCGCGAGCGCGACCACUGCCGCGACGCGCUGCUGCCCGUCGUCGACCCGCCCGGCGUGCGCAGUAUCAUCGACACGCUGCUGGAGACGAUCCGCACGACGGAGGGCCCGCGGCACUGCGCGGCGGCGUCGCUGCUGUGCGCCUUCGUGUCGCACACGCGCGCCGACCUGUCGCCGCACGUGGCGCAGCUCAUCCGCGGCCUCAUCCUGCUGUUCGGCGACGACGACCACGAGGUGCUGCUGGUGGCCUGGGAGGCGCUGGGCGCGCUGGCCAAGUCGCUGGACCCCGAGCGGCAGAUCGCGCACGUGUCCGACGUGCGCCAGGCCGUGCGCUACGCCGCCGCCGACCUCAAGCCCGACCAGCUGCUGCCCGGCUUCUGCUUGCCUAAGGGCCUCGCGCCAAUCCUGCCACUGUUCCGUGAAUCGAUCCUGAACGGUCUCCCCGAGGACAAAGAGAACGCAGCCCUCAUGUUGGGCGAGAUCAUUAAGCUGACAUCAGCGGCCGCCAUCCAGCCAUCCGUCGUGCACAUCACAGGACCCCUCAUCAGGAUCCUGGGAGACAGGUUCAACUCCAGUGUCAAAGCAGCCGUACUUGAAACGUUGGCCACUUUGUUAACAAAGGUGGGAGUGAUGCUAAAGCAGUUCUUACCACAACUGCAGACGACGUUCCUCAAAGCAUUAAAUGAUCCGAACCGACCCGUGCGCAUCAAGGCUUGCCUGGCGCUAUCACAACUGGUGGUGAUCCACUCGCGCGCAGACCCGCUGUUCCUGGAGAUGCACAACACCAUGAAGAACAUCGAAGACCCGGCCAUCAAGGAGACCAUGCUGCAGGCGCUCCGCGGCGUGAUCACGGCGGGCGGCGACAAGAUGACGGCCAGCACGGCGCUGACCAUCCUGCCGACGCUGUCGGGCGCGGCGCUGCUGGCGCACGCCGAGGACCCGCCGCGCAGCCAGGCGGCCGGCUGCCUGGGCGCGCUGCUGCACUGCCUGCCCGAGUCGCAGCGCGACGCGGCGCUGCUGCACCACGUGCUGCACGCCGACCCCGAGCCCUGCCUCGCGCACGGCCGCUCCACCGCGCUCUUCGUGGCGCUCAAGGAGACGCCGCACGUCGUCUACCGCGACGAGGACCGCGUGGACAAGGCGCUGCUGGCGCUGCUGGCCAGCGACAAGAUCCCCAUCGCCUGCAACGGCAUCCGCGCCAUCGGCUACCUCAUGCGCUACCUGCUCAAGGAGGACCGUCCCAUUCCACCUCAGCUAUUGUCACAAUUUGUUAGAAGCAUGAACCACCCGAGCAACGAGGUGAAGCAGCUGAUGGCGCGCGCGGCCAGCAUGCUGGGCCGCGAGGCGCCGCUGAGCGCGAGCGGGCCGGGCGCCGAGCUGCUGCGGGCGCUGCUGCCGGCGCUCGUCAACGGCACCAAGGAGAAGAACACCUACGUGCGCGCCAACGCCGAGAUCGCGCUGCGGGCCGUGCUGCGCCUACCGCAAGAUGAACAGUUCCAUCUGCAAUGCCUGGCGCUGCUGGAGGAGGGCGCGCGCGAGGCGCUGAGCGACGUGGUGGCGCGGGUGCUGCGCCGCAACAUCGCCGACGGCCGCGACGAGGAACUCGACUGCACGCUGCUCACCUGAGCCGCGCCUCUCACUUUCUCACACACACACUUUGUUUUCUGCCUCCUUGUAAAUAUCUGCCUGUCACUCCCAUGUGCUGUUAUUUUUAUUAAAUUUAAUGAAUGUUUUAUAAAUAAUUUUACUAGACUGGAACUAUUAAUUUUAAAUGCAAUUUUUAUUUAGGAUAAAACAUUAUAUUUCAAGUAAGUUUAUGUUCAGUGUAUACAAACCACUCUGGUACACACUGCACAUAAAUAUAUAAAUGUAUUUUAUUGAAAUCAUCAUGCAAAAUCAAGCUACAAUUUUUUUUCUAUAUACAUAAUGUUAUUGAAAAAUUCCCAUAUGAAAUAAAACAAUGAAUUAUGGCCAUUAUAAUGUUUACUUCAAAAUGUUGUUGAACUGCAUAUCUGUCUGGUAAAGUACAAUCAAAAAAUAAUCUUGUUUAGGAAACAUCUGUUUCACAUGAAUGUCUAUUUAAUGGUAACUAAAUAUUGAUUGAUAGCAUUCCAUAUCCCCAGUCAGUACAGGAUUUGAUUUAAAAACAUGUCAUUGUGUUAUCUAUGUAUCAGAUAACAGAAAUUGAAUGUAUACAACUGAAUAAACAGACUAAAUAAAUAUG